AUGGCGUCCAAGCGGGAUAUGCGCCGGCCGGACCUGAUCGUCCCCUAUCAGGAGCCCAGGGCCAAGGGCGAUACCACUGAUAUGUCCUCGACGCUUUCCUCCACCCUGCCAAUGGCCGCCAUGCUGACGCGCAACAAGUUCAUCGGAUGGGCUUCCGUUGUCUUCAGCAUCCAGACCUGGCUCGGCGAGAGCGAGGAGACCAAGAAGAGCUCCGCGACCCCGGGCUACUUCUCCGUCGGCAUGUCCAUCAUGGCCCUGGCCGUCACCUACCUGCCCCUUUUCCUGCCACCUCCCGUCCAGAGAGGCGCCGCGACCGGCACCGGCCCUGCUGCCCCCGUUCCUCCCGCGUAG